GCUGAUUCGAUGCUAUGAAAGCUUCUAUUACAAAUUAUAGGAUACGAGGACAAGAUCAUGUUCAUAGAGAUUAUAGGUUAUUGAUUAACAGUAACAUUUUUAUAGAUCAUACUACGAACCAUAAUUGACUUUGAUUUUCAAUUUCAUUAUUUGCGAAAAAUAUAAAAGAUGACUUCCCCAACUUCUACAUCCUUGAAAAAGAUGUUCUUUUGGCGACGUCUCAUUUUUGUGGCGGUAAGCUUCUUUUGCAGCACGAUUCUUGUUUGUUUGCAUGGGAAGAUGGUUGCUCGCGCUCUCUUUCCACCUGAGAACCUGUAUCGAAAUCAUUUGUACACAGAAGCCUUAGAACACUAUCGUUAGGGCUUCUGUAAAUUCAUCUUGAAGAGAAGCAUCUCCGAAGUGGUUAUUUCAACAGGAAAGGAGCGCAAAGAUGCGCUUCAAGAUGAAUAAUGUGAAGGUCUUCUAAUAUCCUGCUCGUGAAGUAGUUAUGCGCACGACGGGAACAAGGACACCCGUCACGCCGAGCAGAAGACUAUUAUUAAGUCAUGAGGGAGCAGCUUCAACAUUAGAAGGAACGACAACGAGAGGAGGACCAAGUGAAGAUUCAGCGGGAAGAAGACUUGCCACUUCUUUUAAGGCUUCCCCUGAUCCAUCCCUGUAGACAUCCCUCAAACAUAUGCGCCCCAAUUAAUACAAGGGAGAAGAUACUGACGCAUAUUUAUGCUUGAAGGAUUUCCGCAGGGAUGAAUAGAGCAGGAGCGCUCUAAUUCCUCAGGUUACGUGGGAACAAGUGAAGACUCAUCAGGGAGAAGUCUUGACACUUCUUCUAGUAACGUGGGAACAAGUGAAGCUUCACGAACGAGCACCACAAGAGAAGCGCCAGCAGCAGCAACAACUCCUGGUGCUGAGGAAUCCGCUGAGCGGUAUGUAAAAUCUCUUAGAUUCGUACCACAUUUUCCUGAGGAGCGGGUCGUGGGAGUAGAUGAAGCUCCUCUAGUAGCACGUGGAGGUGCUGCUGAAAGGGAACGGAAUAGAGAUGAAGCCUCUCUAGUAGCAGAUGGAGGCACUGCUAAAAAUACAAAUAUUAGAGGUGGUCGUGGUGGACGGGGUGUUGAUGAAGAAGGUGGACGAGAUAUUACGACGAGGACUGGAGGGUUUUUAUCAGAAGAUGCUGGUUAUGAUCGUCGCCGUCGUGCUCAACAAGCUCAAGAACAAAGAAAUCAUCAUGCUCCUCGUGCGGUCCCUUGGCCUUCUUGUGAACAACAAGAGGAGGAAUUACCUUACUCAACAUUACCAAGAACUACUGCAAGAGUAGACACGACUACUACAUCUUCAAGCCCUUCAGCGCCACCGGUCUUACUGUUCAUGGAUGAGGACACCGAUCCGAACGACUUGAAUGUUGAUAGCCUCUUCUCCCAGUUCGUGGGGCCACCUUUGCCGCCUCUUCUCCAGGUCUACGCAUAUUGGCAGUUUUUUGGAGUGUCCUUACUUGGCGGAUUUAUCGGAUGCUUCUCACUUUAUGAUUUUUCGAAGGGGGAAAUGUUCAUGUUGUAGAGAAGUGCAAUAAAUUGAUUGCUGGAAGACCAAAGAAUAUUAAGCAAGUACUAUUUUUGUUGCAGUAAAAAAAUCAUGUGAGACUAACCACAUUUCCGAGAAAGCGCUAAUCAUCAUUUCUGAUCGGAAUCGUCGCUCCUCUUGUCAACUCCCCGUGUAUGCUGGACCGAGUGGGACGUCAUUGCCAAGCACCAACAUAUGGAAGGAGUGGUAAGCCACAACAAAACCAACAACAUUUAGAAGUGCUGGCCUCAUCCAGCAAAAUGAAAAGUCUCGUCGGCAAUAGCGUGUUGCGGAGUCCGCGACCACCUAUACGGAGCGUUGUCCGUUCUAGUGUAGGACAGCACCUUGACGGCGCAGAGCUAUUUCUAAGGGUCCUUUUGGCAGUGAUUUAUGUUUUAGGAAUUGCGUUUGCCAUCGGCCUCUUCAUCCUUUCCGGGAGGCAAAGAGAACUUCUCGACUUUCCUAGAACAACAGGCUUUGGAUUUUUUGUGUGGUUUUUUCGAGAACUACACUACGAGGAACAGGAGAAGUUGUCACCGGAAGCCGGCGUCACACUGACUGCAGCAGUGUCGGUUAUCCAGUUGCUUCUAACCUGGAACAGCUCACUCUUCUUAAGGAAAAGCACAGCUCGAGGUACAGGAACUUUGAUUUCUACCUCGGGUGUAGUUAUUAAGGCUCAACUUUCAAUGGUCAUCAUUUAGAUUGGAGUCACUGAGAUCGAAGAGGCGACCCCUUGAGGAAAGAUGGGGGGAAAAUGAAGGGAAAGGGGAGAACUUUGAAGGGGGUCCCUUCCGUUCAGAGUCAGUGACCAUUGAAGGCUGAGCUUUAAAGUUAGGCCGUCAAAAAGAACACAAGGACAGAGCAGGGAGGCCGGCAGUGGGAGAGGACGCGAGGACUUGUUCUGUGGUCCUUCUUCGUCGGAGCAGGAACAGGAGUACGACGCGGAACCUCUUACAGCUGGGGAACAACUACAUGUGGCUCGUCCAGGACAGCAGGAUCUUCUACUUGAGGAGGAUGGGGAGAUCGCUUUCUUGGCAGCACCUGGAGAUGAAAAUGGGAAUGUUGGCGUAACAAGCGGAACUACAGCCAACAAUGAUGAAGCGUGCUGUCUCGUUACAAGUUCAUCGACCGAUGAUGAAGAGGAUGCAGCUGCUCCUCUCCCCCAUGAAGAUGAUGAAGAACUCUCCACGACGCGCCAAGAACAGGAGGACCACUCUACAACAAUUAGGACGCACAAUAAAAUGGUACAGUUGAGGAAUUAUACGAAGCAGGUACUACAGGAACCUGGGCAGGUGGGGAUGAACAAAUCUUCAAGCUGCAGUAUAUCUAUAUGUCCUCUUCAUGCGCCUUGUCGUGCACUGAAGAAAGAUGAACCAACUGCUAGCGCUCCUCAGAGGCACGAGGAUGCUGCAAUGACGAGAGAGCCGUCACGACCCUUUUUAGAGGAGAAAAUAAGUCAGCAAGUGGUACAACAGCUCGUGUCCUCAGUCCAAGAAGGCAUUCGACGAGAACUGCUGUCACCAGAUCUCGGUAAAAAAGAACUACAAGAACAAGUCUGAACCAUUAUUAAUCUGAACCAUUAAUUUGAACCAUUAAUACCAUGUGUUGAAAAACUACGUCGUUGCAUUGGAAUAAUUAUGAAUGUUGAUGUUCUAGUUCUUGCCGCUGACGUAGCUGUUGCGUAGGUGCUGAUAUGCUAGCCAGUGCAGCUAGACUUCAUCCUCGAAUGGAGUAAUUAAUUUUUGAGUAGCAUGAAGAUAGUCCUUACAAAUUGAUGAAGAUCAACAUCUUCAUUUUCAUACCUUCUACACAUUUUCAUUUACCGGAGCUAGUUGUCCCACUUGAUCACCUUAGUUAACCACUAAAAUUUUUGUCUAGAAGACAUGUUUGAUGAAGAUGCGAAUUCGUUUACGUUCCUUUUUAGCAUUGUAGUUUUCUCUUCACCAUCGGCAUCUUCGUGACGUCAUAGACACCACUGAAGCUAUUGAACAAGCUAUUGCUUACUCGUCCAGUAACAUGUACUCCACCCACCUCGAGACUAUCUUGUAGAAAUUGAGAUAAGUAGUCUUUGAGAUAUAAUUGUCGUGAUUUAGAGGAAGCUGCAAAGGAGAAAUUACAACCAAAUUUCGAAAAAAUGGGCGCAGGUUAUCAUGCAAAGACACACAAAGAUAGAUGUUAGAACUGAGGUGUGAGGCUCACAUCGAGAUGUGUGAGCAUAACCUUCGAU